CAUAGGUCAUAACAACUUCCUUGGAUUCAAAAUGGCGGCCUCCAGUGCGGUAUAAACUGUCUAGUUUCGGCGGAAUUGCGGGGGAAAAUUCAAGGAGAUCAGACUUAUGCAGUUGGUAACAGAGGAUUAUUAAAGAAACCAAUGACCAAGGAUGAAAAACGAGGAUGAGAAAGUCAUUGAGCGUCUUCCCUUGGAGCACCCCCUCCCAGAGGAGAUUCAGAAGAUGGAGAAAGAUGAGACGGUCUGUCAGUUUUGUGGCGUCAGUUAUCUGAUCCAUCGAGAAGUCAAGGCAUUGGAGGAUCAGCUUGAAAAGGUACGUGAGGAGUUGGCGCGAUAUGAAGGCAGUGAAGAGCGAGAACAGAAACUCAAGGAUGAGUUGGAGAAAACCAGGAAAGAGAAGGAUGCUGCCAUCUUCACAACCCAAGAACGUGACAAAUCUAUCCAAGGUUUAAUGGAGGAGGUAGAUCAUAAAAACACGGAGCUGAAAGAGUUGGCAGAAUCCAAGAAGACUCUUCAAAGUAGACUUGAGGAGGAAGAGGAAACUUCAGAAAAACUGAGGAAGCAGCAAGAAUUCUGGAAGACGAGAUUACCCAGCGUCAAUUCGGCUGUUCAGCAACAGAGAUCUGAGCUGCAGAACAUCCACACUUUCAUUCAUCAAAUGGGGAAAAUUGUGACGGAAUCAUCCAAUAAGCUGAGGCAUACUGUCCAGACAGUGUGCUCACAAGAAGCUAAUGUUAUUGUGAGACUAAAAGACGAAGUAUCCAGACUUGAAGAAGAGAGAACCUCUUGGCAGAACGGCCAGGGUGGCAUGGAGAGAAAUCUAAGGAAUGCCCGGGCAGAGGUGGAGAGACUUACGCAAGUUGAGGGACAACUCAAACAGAAGGAGCAGAAAUGCUUACAACUCACGUCACAGAUAGAGAGAUUAGAAACGGAAUUGAAUGAAGCUACUACGAAGCAAAGAACGUUGAGCACCGAGGCAGCCGAACUCAGAGGAUUACUGAAGAGCAAGACACAGGAGGUAGAGGACCAGCAGACACAGCAGAGAAGAAAGGAACAGAUCUCUGAACAGCUGUCCUCCAAACUGCAGCACGAACUCAAACAGAAGAGCAGUGAACUGCAGUCGGCACUGGCUGACUACCGCAGGCUGGAGCAGCGUGUCCGUGACAAGGAGAGAGCGGAGGAAGAGAUCCAACGACAGGCGACACUGUCCAUGGGAGAGACGGAUCAGAUACGACAAGCCUUGAUGAGGAGCCAGGAGGAAUGUAAUGCACUCAAGACGGAAAGGGAACUCAUGAUAUCCUCUCAUCAGAAUCGCAUUGAGCAACUCCGAGAAAGCUUCAAGCAGAAACUCAUAGAUGCUGAAAGAUGGCCAUCCAAGAUGGAUGACACGUUGCAGAAGGAGAGAACAAGACACGCUCAAGAAAUGCAAGAGAUGGAAGCAAAGAUGAAAGAAGCCUUCCGAAUAGAGUUGGAUAUCGAGAAACAGAGGCAUCAAGAGCUGACCGAUAAAUACAAGGUGGAAUUCCAAGAGAAAGAGAACAAGUUCAAAGCUGAGUUACGGAGUCUCAGCUCACGACAUAAGUCUGAGCUAAGCCAACUCGAGAAACAGGUGUCGUCCCUCAAGACGCAGGCAUCGACUGGUGAGGAGUCACUUAGGAGAGAGGUUCAGGGCCUGAAAGCAGUCAUUGGGGACCUGGAGAACAGACUUGGUAAGGCAGGAUCUGAGAGCGAUGAAUUAGUGGCUAGCCUGAAGGCUGAGCUGAGGGAAGCUGAGCAGGACCUCAUGUCCAGCAGAGAUGAGAGCCGAGUAAUAGAGGACACAUUGGCACAGUCAAAGGAAGAGAUACUCUUUCUACAAGAAACUGUCCGUCGAGAGUGCGAAGAGCGUUUUGAGCUGACAGAAUCCCUCAGCGAGGCCAGGGAGCAGCUGUUAGCCUACCAGCGUCACGGCACCCUCGCCGGUACCCUCACCGGUACCCCUCGGCCUGCCUCAAGCACCAAGUCACACAAGUCCGACUCCAGUUUCGGCGCGACUCGUAAAUCCAGCACCGGGUCCAUGCCGCCUGGGCAGGGUCAGAAGCAUGGGGCGGGCCAGGCACCUGCUUCUCCUAAUAAGAUAGCUUCCAGUAGUAUCAAUAUUGGGUUUAAUGCGGGGCAGGCCAAGCCACCUGCUAGUCGGCCGAGGGAUGGGAGUAUGUCAGACAGUAGACAGAGGAUUGCUGCUGCUAUCGGCAGAAGGUAGUAGGAAUAGUUGAUCUAUUCAAGACAUGGAAAGGGUUGUUGAUGAUGAGGAUUUGUCAAAACGUGUGACAGGGUCGUUUCAGAUGGCAUGUGAACUUCAAUCAAGUACAGUGAUUUAACCAAAGCUCAGCUGACUGUGAGCGAACGCUGGUAGGUCCCGUGUGUUGUAUAAGGCCUAACGCACGUAAAAGAGCCCAGUAACGCUUAUCGCUAAGAGAAGGGGUUCGCCCCGGUGUUUCAGGCAGGAAGGAUGUGUAUGCAUCAAGUUGGUGUGAUGUUCCCCCGGGAUGCUUUGCCGACUAUAUGAUACAGAUACAGAUACAGAUGUUUGGAUUAGUGUAUUAAAUAUUUGGGACAAACCUCCCAAUGCUGGUAAUUUCAUGAACACUAUAUACGAAUUUGUGGGUUCGUGGGUUUGUGAAAACUUGUAGGUUUGAACUUAUGAGGUUCGAGUCCCACCGAGUAAGCUUGUGAAUAUUUUCGCACAAGCCGUCAGUCAACACUUGGGUUUAACCCAACAUUAAAUCCAGUUUAGAUUGCCACAUUAUAAGGGGGAAUUACAAGCAGGUAUUGUGGAAAAUUAUUCCCACUAAAAUACCACCAAAUUUUCAAAAGGUAACUGAGGUGACUAAGGUACUUUUAAUGAAAAUUGUAUAUUCCAUCCAACUACCAAUUACCGUCCAAAAAUUGUUUUAAUUAUUAAAAUAGUAUUUUGACUACUUCACUGUGCAUGCCUUGUUUUUAAUUUUGUAAUAUUGAAAUAUUGUAAUAUUUUUUUAAUGGAAGUCUCCUAUGUUUUACUAAAGGCAAUUGCUAAAAAAUAUACCGUCCUUUUCCCCCUUUUUUUAUUACCUUUGUAUAACAUCAGUUUGUAUUUGAAUGUGAAAAGGAACAGGAAGACAGGUUGCUGGUUUUCAGACAUUUACUAUAGUACAAAAAAGUCCUCAAUACUUUGUACAGAAAGAUCUAGAAAUAUGACAGUAUUUUUACAUCUUAGUUUAUUCAUUCUUGAGAAAGAUAGUGUGCCUCCAAUUUCCAGUUGUUUUGCAGUUGUUUAAUUGUACAUGUUUAAGGUUGACUGUAUAUAUUUGGUAAAGAUAAUUAAUAUAAAUAAAUUAUAUUUGGAAACCAGAU